AUGAGUCGUGUCCCGAGGAUUUACUCGAAAACGUUCGCGACUCCUCGUCGUCCAUUUGAAAAGGAACGGUUAGAUCAAGAGUUGAAGCUAAUCGGUCAGUAUGGAUUGAGGAACAAACGAGAAGUAUGGCGGGUCAAGCUUGUGCUGGCGAAAAUUCGGAAAGCUGCUCGUGAAUUACUAACGCUUGAUGAGCGUGAUCCCCGGAGGUUAUUCGAAGGUUCCGCUCUUCUAAGGCGCCUUGUUCGUGUUGGUGUUCUUCCUGAAGACAAGAUGAAGCUCGAUUUUGUUUUGGGUCUGAAAAUCGAGGACUUUCUUGAACGCCGUUUGCAAACUCAGGUCUACAAAAUGGGCCUUGCGCGCUCAAUUCAUCACGCUCGUGUGCUAAUCCGACAGCGUCAUAUUCGCGUCCGCAAACAGCUUGUGGAUUGUCCUAGCUUCAUGGUACGCCUUGACUCAGCCAAGCAUAUUGACGUGAGUCUCAACACCGUUACUGGGAAGCUAGGUCGUGUUGCUAGGAAGAAGGCUAAGAAGAGCGGUGAUGGAAACGACGAAGAAGAUGAGGAAUAG